UCCCUCGUAAAAUCAUCUCCACCCCUAAACUGAGAUUCUUCUCCCACAGUUUUCCCGUCGUUUUCUCUCGAUUUCACGAAACCCAUUCUCUCUUUCAUUCCCUUAACCAGAAAGGAAGAAACUUGCUGCAGCGUUUACAUUCCAAUUCGAAAGCUUUAAGAUUUCCCCAAACUAAAAAAAAAGAAGAUCUUUGUUCAUUUCCCGGCGAGGGUUAGCUUUGAUUCUUCGUGUGCAAGAAAGGGUUUCUCUGGUUUAUCCAUUCGGAUCAGAAAGUCUUCGUCUUUAUCAUUUCUAAUUUAGGUUUCUGAAAACCCUAAUUUCAUUCAUUCUUUCUGUUACCAAUUCGUUGUUUAAUACGUCUCUUAGGGUUUCUUAUUACUUUCUAAACAAAGGAAAGCUUUGAUAAUAUUUCAGUGCCUAUUAUUUUUUUUCUGCUGCUAUCUGAAAUCAAAGAGUCUCCUUUCUCCUUAGAUCUAAUCAUAAAGAACAUAGCUUUUGUCCGGAUCUGAUCUUGGUUACACCUUUUUAGGGAUUCUGUACAAAGUGAUUUUAGGUUUUGAAGUUAGGUUUUUAUAGGAAUGGCGUUAAAUUUUUCACAUAGGCAUUUUUCUUCCCAUGUAUCUGAGGAAUCAAUGAAGAUAGCCAAUGGUUAUCUUGCUGAUGGGCUUUCUGAGAGGAAUGGUGAUGGUUUUAACCAGUCUUGGUGUUCAAGUAUUGAUAAAGGUGAUUGCUUUGUUGACUAUGGGAGGAAUGCUGGAGAUUCAGCUUCUGUUGACAUACUUGAUGUUUUGCCAUCUGAUCCGUUUGGUAUGGAUAUCAACAAUACUUUCACCGCUAUUACUGGAUGGCUUGAGGAUCUGGAGGUUGAUUGUAGCCAAUAUGGGAGAGAUGAGAUUUGGGUUGGUGAUGGGAGCCAUCAUCAGCUCUUUGCUGGGUUGAGUUUUAUCUGGAACAAUGCAAUGCGGUUUCAGGAGUUUCCAGAGAGCAAUGUGUACAGUAAUGGGUCGGGGUUAUUCCAUGGAUCUAGUAGUGUGGGUGAGGUUGGAGAAAGCAGUGGUCGCUGCACCACUAAUGAUGGAGGUGAGAAUGCACACGUUCAUCCGGCGUUUGGGUUUUGUCUUUAUCACUUGGGAGUGAAGGAUCUUCUUUCAGCGAGUAUGGUUUGCAAGUCUCUGCAUACGACUGUCUUUGAUGACUCACUACUAUGGAAACAUAUCCACAUUUCUCAACCGUUGAAUGAGAAGAUCACAGAUGAGACUCUUCUGCAGUUAACCGAGAGGGCUCAGGGCACUAUGCAGUGUCUGAGACUCAUAGAUUGCUCGAGAAUUACAGAUGAUUGUCUUAAGCAGGUCGUGGAGUGCAACCCACAAGUUGUUAAGCUUGGCGUGUCUGGAUGCACAAGGAUCACUAUCGAUGGUGUUUUGAGCAUCUUGAGAGAUCUCAAGUCUGUAGGGAAGCUUCAAGUGAAGCAGUUGGAGAUCGGUGGCAUCUUUGGAGUUACUAAAGAUCACUACGAUGAAUUGUUUGGUUUGUUAGACGUUGACAAUAACGUGGAGCAGUCUAUACAGAAGCCGCGUUUUUACCAUAGAGGAGACUCCUCAUGUGUGUCUUGCGAUGAUGAUGACCGGGUGCUAGAUAUUGAGAUGUGCCCAAAAUGUCAGAACGCUAGGCUUGUGUAUGACUGUCCAGCAGAAGAUUGUAAAGGGAAGGAGGAGUGUCGUGCUUGUUCUCUUUGCAUACAGAGGUGUUUUCAGUGUGGUAGAUGCAUCAAUGACAGUGAAUAUGAAGAGACGUUUUGUCUGGAGUUUUUGUGCGCUGAUUGUUCGAAGCAGUCCCCUAAGUUACCUCUUGAGGUGGAAAAUUCCAUCUGA